GAGAUUCAUGCGCUGUUCUGUGAUUGCCUUUCGCUGUUAGCUGCGCCUCGUUUGGAUGUCUCUAUUGUGUUCGCAAAAUCUCUACUCCUUCUGCUGCGUAAGUACCUCGACGAGCGAUUUCUGGCGAAUCUGUCGCCACUGAGAAGUUUAGGGACGAGCGCAGCAGCGUCUCCUAAAAAUGGGAACAC